UAAGGGACAAGUCUAUCCUAAAUCCUACCCAGGCUAACUCCGGAGUCCCUGCUUCCUUUAGGUCAGCCAGCUGCGGCAGGGUUGCUGCGAGCCAGGGGCAAUCAUCAGGAAAUUCCCCAGAUAUCAUACAUAACCCGUGACAGCAACCUUUAAUUAAUCAUCAACCUUGUAACGUGAUCCUGGCCCAUAACGAGGAGACCCACUGAAUCUUUGGAAACCUGUCCACGGGCCUUCUCCAGACAAUUCCUUCCAGACCCAGGGACCCGUGCCCGAGGACCUCAGGCUGAUGGGGGCCCAGCUCUGCUCCCAGGCUGACGCCAAGGCGCCGCGAGAGACACUCCGCUUCCACGCCGAGGCCAAGGGCGCGCAGGUGCGUCUGGACGCCGAGCGGUGCACUGCGCACAGGCGCGCCACGUUCCACGACGGCAUCGUGUUCAGCCAGCGGCCGGUGGCGCCGGGCGAGCGGGUGGCGCUGCGCGUGCUGUGGCACGAGACCGGCUGGUGCGGCGGGCUCCGCGUGGGCUUCACGCGCCUGGACCCCGCGCGCUUGUCCGCGCCCAGCCUGCCGCCCUUCGUGUGCCCAGACCUGGAGCAGCAGAGCCCGACAUGGGCGGCCAUGCUGCCCGAGGGCGGCGCGCUGCUCGGGGACGUGGUCCGCUUCUGGGUGAACCGCGGCGGCCGGCUCUACGCCAGGGUCAACGCGGGCCCCCGGCUCCUGCUGCGCAAGGGCGUGCUCCUGGGCGCCCCGCUCUGGGCCGUGAUGGACGUGUACGGGACCACCAAGGCCAUCGAGCUGCUGGAUCCCAGGGCCAGCGUCUUCCCCUCAACCAUGCCAUGGCCCUUCAGUGAUGAGACUCUGCAGCCUGAAGGAAUUCAGCCAGAUGGUUAUCACACCAUUCAGAACACCUACGAACUCAACAGGAGAUCGAAGAAAAGAAUAGCAACAACUCUCUGAACAGAAAAACGACCACUUUCUGGAAGGUAGGAUGUGCGGAGAAGUGAAUCCGAGGCGAUAAUCAGGAGGAUAGACAGCAGGGGAGGGGCCUCCAUCGGCUACUUCUGGCACGUGAUAGAGCAGCAGAGCACAAAUCGGAACUUUUAGAAGUCUGCUCCCCUAAGGGACGUUGCUCCAGUGGCUAAGCAGGGGGUGGAACCCUCGCUGGGACAGUGUGGUCUCAGGACCUUCGGGGUUACAGAAAGACUGGGGGUGCCUGAGUGCGGCAGAGCUCCCAGGUAUUGGAGUGGGGAAGCCGGCUGCAGAGACGGAGCCGAGGUGCGGGCUCUCAGCUCGGGGUUGCCGUAAACUGUGAUCAUGGCAUAGUCGGGCCACUGCUCCUCCAGCAGGGACCCAACAAGAGGCAGAUCCGGGGAGACUCCCCUUCCUCCCCCAGGAGGAGCGGCAGGGGAGCCCACCGCAGGGAUCUGCUGGGUUUGGAGACUCCACACGGGGUCAUGUGCCAGAGAUAGAAACGCUCGGUCACAGGCCGGGUGAGCACAGAGUCCGGCCAUAGACCGGGGAGAUGGGAGUGAUUGACAGCUUUUCUCUGGGGGCUCACUGAGGAGUGGGGCCCUGAGUUCUCGGCUCCUCUGGGACCAGAGAUUGGGAGGCCACCAUUUUCACUCUUGUUCUCCAAGCUGUAUGGAAAGCUUCCAGGGAACAAAAGCUCCCGAGAGCAAACCUGAGCAGAUUACAUAGCCUGGUCCCUGGCAAGGGCGGGGCAACUCCCCCUGGGACAAAGACACCUGAGAGUCACUGUGACAGACCCCUCCGCCAGAAGAUCAGCAAGAACAUCCCACCAAAACCAAGUUUACCGAUCAAUGAGAACUGAAAAUCUCCAGUGCUAGGGGAAUACAGCACAUAGAAUUCAUGGCUUUUUUCUGAUGAUUCUUUAGUCUUUCAAAGUUAAUUUUUAAAAUUUUCUUUAUUUUUUCUUUUUCUUUUUUUUUUUUAAUUUUUCUUCUUUUUUUUUUCAACCAACUUCUUACCUUAUCAAUUCCUUUUUAAAAAAUCUUUUUUAGGGGUGCCUGGGUGGCUCAGUUGGUUAAGUGGCUGCCUUUGGCUCAGGUCAUGAUCCCAGGGUCCUGGGAUUGAGCCCCACAUCGGGCUCCCUGCUCAGUGGAGAGUCUACUUCUCCCUCUCCCUCUGCCUGCCUCUCUGCCUAC